AUGAGACUGGCUCCGUGUUUCUUGCUGCCUGCCGCAGCUGCUGCAGCAAAGGCCUCUUAUGGCUCGCUCUACAUCUACGACGAUCAAUCGAAGUACGACCUCAACGCCCCCGUCGCUACCCUCAAGGCCGACGCCGCCCGUCUGGUCAUCGCCUCGCGACUGGGUCUCGACCAAUACCACUCCCUUCAAGGACAGUCUGAAUCCGCCCUGGAAGACAUCAACCGCCUCUCUGGAGUCUCAUCUUUCCUCUCGUCAAGCGAUGCCUCUGUCGCCUUGAUCCUGUCGGCCGCCGAAGCAGGCCUUCCCUCUUCUCUUGUUAAAUCUACCCACACCAAGACCAUCUCAAUCAAGGAAUGCCCCGACUUCAACGCUGCAGAGAAGCUGCUUAACGACCUUGCACACCAAGCCGGCAUUGAGCAUCUGACUGGAGUUCAACAAUCUACCGUCUCCUCUGAGACUGGUCCUGCCUUCAGGAUCGCCCAAGAUACACUGUACCGCACCGUGCUCGUCCUCACUGCGCCCAAGGCUACCACCGAUAAAACAUUCGGCUCCUACGACGGUCCUGCCGACUCGCAUCAAAAGCGCUACUUCAAGGAGGCCCCUCUGAUCACCGAAGUCACAAAGACCGCUUCGCACCUCAAGGCCACCUUGACCCCCGACGCUUCUUCCAACAAGACCUACAACCAGACGGCUCCUCUUAGAGGCAUCCUCCCUGGCUGCUUCGCCUCUCUAUCUGCAUGCCAGUCCAUGACUCGCAACUGCACUGGUCACGGCUCUUGCGUCUUGUCUCACACCGACAAGGAUGCUGGUGACCUCGGCGGCAAGUGCUACUCUUGCGCCUGCAAGGCCGAAGUCCGCACAAACUCGGAUGGCACCCAGAAGACCACCCGCUGGGGCGGUCCCGCUUGCCAGAAGAAGGACAUCAUCAUGCCCUUCUGGCUCAUCAGCUCCUUCUCCGUCUUCAUGGUCUUCCUCGUCAGCUGGGGUAUCGGUCUGCUCUACACCAUGGGCAGCCAAGAGCUCCCCAGCGUCAUUGGCGCUGGUGUCUCCGGCCCUGUCAGAAAGUAG